CCCGGCUGUCGCACGCUUUGUGCCGUUGGAAUCGCCCCUUCAGUCUUACCUUGCGUGAAGGGGUUGAAGAAAGAGGAUUGUGGGAGAAUCGCCAUAGCACUUUCCCGACGCUAUUCUCGCCUCCUUUUCAAUAACAACUCUUCCCCACCAGCAACAGAAAUAUCAUCUCUCUCUCUCUGUCUCUCUCUCUCUCUCUCUCUCCACUUCUGCCCAUCUGCGUCUAUCCUAUCCCAUCCUAAUUUCCAUCCGAAUUUCCAUCCGUACCCUAAAAUAAAAUAAAAUAUAUGGAUAGUGUUUUUCGUAUGCGGCUUUCUUGAAGCUUCUUCUUUUCCAUCUCUGUAACCCCUCACAUGGAAAUGGAAUCGCUGCCCAACGGCCCAGGUGCCGCAGCCUCAAAACUGACGGAGUCGCUGAAGCUGGAGCACCAGUUUUUGAGGGUCCCCUUUGAGCAUCUCAAGAAGUCGAUGCGUGCCAAUCACAGGAUCGUUGACAAGGAGAUGAAUGCUGUCAUCUCCGGCGUCGCUGAUGCUGUAGCCCCCGAUCGCGACAUGUCCAAAGAAGAGGCCGUGCAUCACCUCACUUGCCUCGUCUCCAAGCUACAGGGCCUCAAGAGGAAGCUGGAAGAGGGCACUAGGACCGAGCACUUGCAAGCCCAGAAAUGCCGGGCCCGCCUUGAUCACCUUGAUGUGGCGGAGAUUGAGAAUCAUUCCGAGUGGAACAGCAUGCGGUUGAAGCGGAUUCUCGUGGACUACAUGUUGCGUUUGUCAUACUAUGAUACUGCCAUGAAGCUUGCAGAAACCAGCAAUAUGCAGGAUCUUGUGGAUAUUGAGGUCUUCCUUGAUGCGAAAAAGGUUAUUGAUGCUCUUCAAAACAAGGAAGUCGCUCCUGCUCUAGCUUGGUGUGCAGAGAACAAGUCAAGGUUGAGGAAAUCCAAGAGCAAGUUUGAAUUUCAACUAAGACUUCAGGAGUUCAUAGAGCUGGUUCGAGCUGACAACAACUUGCGGGCUAUUACAUAUGCUCGAAAAUACCUUGCACCGUGGGGAGCUACUCAUAUGAAAGAACUACAACGCGUGAUUGCAACCCUGGCCUUCAAGGGUAAUACUGAAUGUGCAACAUACAAGGUUCUAUUUGAGCCAAAGCAAUGGGAUUAUCUUGUUGAGCAGUUCAAGCACGAGUUUUGCAGGCUAUAUGGCAUGACCCUUGAGCCCUUGUUGAAUAUUUAUCUGCAAGCAGGGUUGUCCGCUCUCAAGACGCCAUUAUGUUAUGAAGAUGAUUGCACCAAAGAAGACCCGCUCUCACAGGAGAGCUUCCGCAAACUGGCCUUGCCAUUGCCAUUCUCAAAGCAGCACCAUUCGAAGCUUGUUUGCUACAUCACUAAAGAAUUGAUGGAUUUCGAUAAUCCACCCCUAGUAUUACCCAAUGGCUAUGUUUACAGCACCAAGGCUCUUGAAGAAAUGGCCAAGAAAAAUGAUGGCAAGAUAACUUGUCCAAGAACGGGUCUUGUCUUCAACUAUACAGAGCUUGUCAAGGCAUAUAUCUCGUGACUCAGUCAGACCAAUCUUUCUAAUAAGGUAUCGGUUGCACCAGAAACUAUGUAGCCCAUCCUGUUUUCAUGCAAUGUAUCUUAACUCCAGUAUUUAUAUUAUAAAGUUGGUUGGUCCGUUUGUA